AUGGCACCCGGAAAGAAAAGUUCCUCCAUAAAGGCUACCAAACGUAAUGAAUCAUCGCAUGCAUUGCUUCAUUUUGAUGAUGAUCAACCUCAAGCUCUAUCCAUUGCACCCAUUGUCUCCUAUUAUAAUGAGAAAAUACGUCCAGUUCUGGAUGCCCUUGAAAAUCUGAGGCGUCUAAAUAUUGGAAAAGAAGGAAUACAGUUACCAACCAUUGUGGUGGUUGGUGACCAAUCUUCUGGAAAGUCAAGUGUCCUCGAGUCGCUUGCUGGUAUCAGCUUGCCCCGUGGCCAAGGGAUCUGCACUAGGGUUCCUUUAGUUAUGCGUCUUCAGAAUCAUCCACUUCCACAGCCGGAGCUUAUAUUGGAGUACAAUGGCAAGAAUGUUUCAACCGAUGAGGCUAGUGUCUCUCAUGCAAUUAAUACUGCUACUGAAGAGCUAGCUGGAACCGCAAAAGGGAUUUCUAACACACCAUUGACUUUGAUUGUGAAGAAGAAUGGUGUUCCUGAUCUUACCAUGGUUGAUCUUCCAGGUAUAACUCGUGUCCCUGUGCAUGGUCAACCUGAUAACAUUUAUGACCAGAUUAAGGAUAUUAUUAUGGAGUAUAUAACACCAGAAGAAAGCAUUAUAUUGAAUGUUCUUUCGGCAACUGUUGAUUUUACAACUUGUGAGUCUAUUAGGAUGUCACAAACAGUUGAUAAAACUGGUUUGAGGACACUUGCUGUUGUCACUAAGGCUGAUAAGUCUCCUGAAGGUUUGUUAGAGAAGGUUACUGCAGAUGACGUUAACAUAGGUCUUGGUUAUGUUUGUGUAAGGAAUCGCAUUGGUCAUGAGUCUUAUGAAGAGGCUAGAGAUGAAGAACACAAGCUGUUUGAGACUCACUCACUUCUGUCCAAAAUAGACAAGUCUAUUGUUGGAAUUCCCAUUCUGGCUCAGAAGCUUGUUCAUGUGCAAGCCAUGAUUAUGUCAAAAACUUUGCCUGAAAUCAUUAAGAAAAUUAAUGAGAGGCUUGGUAAUAGUUUAGAAGAGUUGGAAAAUUUGCCUGCAAAUUUGUCUUCAAUGGCUGAUGCCAUGAAUGCGUUUUUGCAAAUUAUUUCUCUGUCAAGAGAUUCUCUGAGACGGGUUCUUCUGAUAGGUGAUUUUGAUGAAUUUCCUGAGGAAAAGGAAAUGCAUUGUGCGGCUAGGUUUUUCGAAAUGCUAAAUGUCUAUGCAAAUGAACUUGAAAACUGUUCAGAAAGUAAUCCAACAAAGGAUUUCCUAGUUGAAGAGAUAAAGGUUCUCGAGGAAGCAAAGAUUACUGGUCUUCCCAACUUUAUGCCAAGAGCAGCAUUUCUAACUUUACUUUCCAAAAAAGUAAAGGGUGUUUCUUAUAUACCAAUCAAUUUUGUUGACAGUGUGUGGAACUAUUUGGAAACUGUUUUAAUAUCUGUUCUGAAUCGCUAUUCUUCAAACUAUUAUCAGCUUCAGGUAUCUAUUCGUAGAGCUGCAGAGCUUCUCAUUGAGAAAAAGAAGAAAAGUUCGAUUCAACAUGUGCUGCAGGCUGUGCAGAUGGAGAGGCUAACUGAUUACACAUGUAAUCCAGAGUACUUGAAAGAGUAUUACAAGCUUAUGUCACUCCAAGAAGCUUUUUUGAAGGAGGUUUUUAAUGUUAAUCGACUAGGAAAUACAGUGAAACUGGAAGGUGUUGGUGAGAUUGAUGUUGUUAAACUUAUGAAAUAUUAUCCAGACAUGUUAACUCUGGCUCAGGCAUAUGAUUUGAAGGCCAGAUUGAUAGCAUAUUGGAAAAUUGUUCUGAGGAGGCUCAUUGAUGUUAUAGCCUUGCAUUUAAUGUUAAGCAUCUCUGAACUGGUUAACAUUGAUUUUCCGAAGGAGAUAUGCGAUGAACUGUUAUCCCCAUCUGGUGGUGGUUUUGAAAGGUUGCUUGAAGAGCCGCCUUCUAUAUCUGGGAAGAGGGAAAGAUUGAGUAGGAGUGUGAAGGUUCUUAGAGAAAGUAAGGAUACCGUGGCCAACAUUAUGGACAGGAUCGGUGUGUGUGCUGAUAACUAG